AUGUUUUGUUGCUCGAAUGCGAAAAAGAAAUCAUCACAAACUCCAUAAAAGAAGCUGAAUAAUAGUUAGAAUUCUUCAGUAAUAUGUUGUUAUAUUCUAGGAACAAACUCUUAAUAUUAAUGAUGAAGCAUUUACUUUUAUUACAACCAUAUAAAUUCAACAUGUAAAUACCAUUCAAACAUACAAGAUUACUCAAGACAUUUAAACUUUUAGGUAAAAAUAGUCUUACAUUUAGAAGCAGCAGAUCUAAUAGUAGAGGAACUAAAAUUAAUGACCAUGUUGCAUAAUCGAUUCUUGUCAAACCUUUACGAAAAUCUCCUUUUCUAACUUUCAACAAAAAAGGAACUGAUACUACAACCAAAUACUUAUCUACGAAAUAAGGAUAUACUCUUCUUGUUACUAGGACUCCUCAAUGA